AUGGAACAUCUUCAUUCACUGCUGUCGCUAACAGACAUGCAGAAGAAGUGGCAGCUAGUAAGUGGGCCUGUGUUGCUCCGUCCGACCCAUGCUGACCAAUACUUGGGUCAUGCUUGCAAAGCUCCGGGAAGGAUGUUGAAAAGCUUGCUUUUCUGUGGAAGCGGUCUGUUGACACUCCGCGACCACCGCCCACCUCCGGGUGACCGCCUCCGCCCUGAGGCCAAGAUCCUUGAGAACUUGGAGGAGAAGUGGAACGACAUCGACCGCAAGGCCAUCACCUAUGAGGUGAAGCACCAGGAGCUGGUGGAACUGACCUGCAUCGAGUCCAUUUUCCGACGGCUCGGCUGCACCUCCGAGGAUCUGCCUUGUGGUUGCGGCAGCGGCAUCUCAGAAGCCAACAUGAUGGUGUAUCUAGCGAUCAUCGAGCAGCGAACCAAUGAGCUGCUGAAGAUGUACGACUCCCUCAAGCAGGAGGAUGACGAGUACGAGAGCACGAGGCCAGCAAGAACUGGGCAGACCUCCACGAGCUUGCAGAUGAAGCUCCCGAGCACAGUAGAGGAUUACUCAGAUGAUGAAGAUGACGAAGACGAGGAUGACCAGAGGCCCUUCACACGGGACGAGCUCAAAACCAAAGCGAACAAGAACUACAACAAAAAGCAGAAGAAACCCAGGACCAAACUGCGUGACCAGAUCUUUGAGCCGUCAGGUAGUUUCACAUCAGACUGCAAGACGCACAGUGGCCUUGCUACCAGGAAAACUGGAGCACCAGCAGACAAGUAG